GCACAUGAAUGGUGUGAGGAUUCACUCCUGAAAACUCAUUAUGCUAAACACAAACCAGUAUCCAAUGAUAACCAGCUUGUUGGAGUUCAACAUCAGAUUAUACCAUCUUUAUUUAAUGAUGAGACUUUUUGUGGUCAUCAAGUUGAAGAUGCUGGAAAGUAUAUAUUUAAAAAUGAGCUCUAUCCUAAAAGUAGAAACAGACUUGUAAAUGUUUUGAUGAAAACAUUUGGUGAAAUUAGCAAUGAAAAAAGGGAAUUCUUUAACUCAUUGAUUCCAUAUUUCACAGAAGAAAAAUUAAAAGAGGAUUCAACACUGUGGGAAGAAAGAUCUAACCCAAAUUUUAUGUGUGUGGUGGAGGAAGGACAAUUGAGCAUCACACGGAUUUCAGCAGAGAGUAAUAAACCAGAACAAAUAGAGAGAAUAUUACCACUCACUGUGGUAGGCGAAAUGGGAUUUUUCACUGAUAAACCACGACGAACAAAUUUGGUGACAAUAACUCCAU